CGCAUGCGCAUUGAACAAUUGUGGACUUAUUAUAACCUGUAAUUUUGUUUAAGGUUAAUCUCUUAUUUUUCACAAAAAUUAAUUCCGAAAAUGGCUAAUGGCCCUAUAGCUGAAAGAAAUAGAGAUGCCACCAUUUAUGUGGGAGGUUUAGAUGAUAAAGUGACCGAAUCGCUAUUAUGGGAGCUUUUUGUUCAAGGGGGACCUCUGGUGAACGUUCACAUGCCCAAAGAUCGCGUAACGAUGAUGCAUCAGGGUUACGGGUUUGUGGAGUUUAUGGGUGAAGAAGAUGCGGAUUAUGCUAUUAAAAUUAUGAACAUGAUAAAGCUGUAUGGGAAACCUAUUAGAGUAAAUAAAGCAUCCGCUCAUCAAAAGAAUUUGGAUGUGGGUGCUAAUAUUUUCAUAGGUAAUUUGGAUCCUGAAGUUGAUGAGAAACUGUUGUACGAUACUUUCUCGGCUUUUGGCGUCAUACUUCAAACACCAAAGAUAAUGAGAGAUCCAGAAACUGGCAAUUCUAAAGGAUUUGCAUUUAUAAAUUUUGCUAGUUUUGAAGCAUCUGAUGCGUCUAUAGAAGCUAUGAAUGGGCAGUACCUGUGCAAUCGUCCCAUAUCUGUAUCAUACGCAUUUAAAAAAGAUGCUAAAGGUGAAAGGCAUGGUUCCGCUGCUGAGCGUUUACUGGCAGCCCAGAAUCCACUAUCGCAAGCAGAUAGACCCCAUCAGUUGUUUGCGGAUGCUCCGCCUAUGACUAUGAUGCCACCAGGACUGGCGUUGGCUCCACCUCCUCCACCGGUAAUCCUGGCAGGAAUGAUGCCACCUCCUCCUCCUACGCCCACAAACAUGCCCCCACCACCUCCUCCUCCUGUCCCUCCACCAAAUGCCUUCCCCUCGGGCAUUCCCCCACCACCAUUACCUCCUUCACAGCCACCUUUACCACCCGGCGCACCUCCCGUCAACCCCCUCGCACCUCGACCACCGUUGCCACCCAUUCCCAACAGUCAGGGUGCGCCUCCGCCGCCUAGAAUGAUGCCGCCCCCUCCGAACUGGCAAGGACCACCCGGCCAACCAUUUCCGGGAAGCUUUCCUCCUCCACCUCCGCCCUCUGGCAGACCACCGCCGCCGCCAAACUGGAGGCCGCCACCGCCCGGGUUUGGUGUACCUCCUGGUGCAAGACCUCCGUUCCCGCCUCGGGGUCCACCUCCGCCCCCUCCUGCGCAAUUUGAGGGAAAUUUUACUGAAAAUGCAUGGUAAUUAUUUUUAUGACUAAUUGUGGAAUUUUUGACUAAGAAAUAAAGAGAAGUUUGUGUAAUG